UUACUCAAUCAACCAGCUAAGCGAACGUUUAGGGCGGUCGAAUGUAUAGUACCGUGGCUAGGUAGCUAGAUGUUGCAGAGCUCGCUGAUGCAAAGCUACAUUUUAAUGGCAGGGCGAAGUUUUGUUUCAGGCCAGGGUCCGCUUUAAGCAGUCUGUGACAUUUGGACUAGUUUGACAAGCCACGGCACUGGCACUGUGCUGAUACUGACUGGACUGGAAUCAUUUGUUUUGACUUCAUCUCUUUCCACAACGGCAUAGCCAAGGCUCCUAUUGUAUAACUUUAAAGAAUAUAAACAUGAGCUUUCUUUUUGGCAAUCGGUCUUCCAAGACCUUCAAGCCCAAGAAGAACAUCCCAGAGGGAUCUCACCAGUAUGAGCUGUUGAAACAUGCUGAGGCUACACUGGGCAGUGGGAAUUUACGCAUGGCUGUCAUGCUGCCUGAUGGGGAAGACUUGAACGAGUGGGUGGCUGUCAACACUGUAGAUUUCUUCAACCAGAUCAACAUGCUCUAUGGUACCAUAACAGACUUCUGCACUGAAGAGAGCUGUCCUGUCAUGUCUGCUGGCCCCAAAUAUGAGUAUCAUUGGGCAGAUGGAACCAACAUCAAAAAGCCGAUCAAAUGCUCAGCUCCCAAGUACAUUGAUUACCUAAUGACCUGGGUGCAGGACCAGCUCGAUGACGAGACACUCUUCCCAUCUAAGAUAGGUGUCCCGUUCAAGCGGAACUUCAUGUCGGUGGCUAAGACCAUCCUGAAGCGCCUGUUCAGGGUCUACGCCCACAUCUACCACCAGCACUUUGACUCUGUGAUGCAGCUGCAGGAGGAGGCCCACCUAAACACCUCCUUCAAACACUUCAUCUUCUUCGUUCAGGAGUUUAACUUGAUUGAAAGGAAAGAGCUGGUCCCACUACAGGAUUUGAUUGAGAAGCUGACCACCAAGGACAGAUAAACCCAGGCUGACUGAUCAUUUUAACUCUGUGAUAGUCUACUAUUCUUUUUGCACAGAUACCCCUUCUGCCCUGCCCUGGCCUAUAUGUAUACAGCAUAUGCUAACUUUGUGAACAUGUUCUCUAGAAAGCCAGGUAAGUAAGGAAGAGUCUUGCACUGUUAUAGGCACUAGGGUAAUACUAUGGGGGAGUUCUAUACUACUGUCUGAGCCGGUAUGUGCUCUAUAGUUGGAUGUACUAUGUGGUUUUAAUUUGGACGGAUCCCUAAAACUGAAAUAACUAUGUAUUGACAUCCUCUGUGUGUUGUAUAUUUACAGUACCAGCCAAAAGUUUGGACACACCUACUCAUUCAAGGAUUUUUCUUUAUUUUUACUAUUUUCUACAUUGUAUAAUAAUAGUGCAGACAUCAACUAUGAAAUAACAC